CCAGAGCAGGCUCAGCCCGCCCCGCGCCGCGCUGCGCUCCAGCGCCCAGGGCGCGGCACACGAACCCACCCAGCCACCCAGCCACCCAGCUACCCAGCCACCAGAAGCCAUGGGCAAGGACAGGCAGUCCCGCGGGCAGCAGAGGCAGGGGGCGCCGCCGGCCGCGGACGCCGCAGGGCCCGAGGACCCGGGGCUGAAGAAGGGCGCGGGGACCCGCGAGGAUUGCGGGGACGAGGAGGCCCGGACGUGCUGCGGUUGCCGCUUCCCGCUGCUGCUCGCGCUGCUGCAGCUGGCCCUGGGCAUCGCCGUGACCGUGGUGGGCUUCCUCAUGGCCAGCAUCAGCUCCUCCCUGCUAGUCAGAGCCACUCCAUUUUGGGCUGGGAUCAUUGUCUGCGUGGUCGCCUACCUUGGCUUGUUUAUGCUUUGUGUCUCAUACCAAGUGGAUGAACGGACGUGUAUCCAGUUUUCUAUGAAACUGCUAUACUUUGUGCUGAGUGCCCUGGGGCUGAUGGUCUGUGUGUUGGCCGUGGCCUUCGCCGCCCACCACUACUCACAGUUCGCGCACCUGACCUGCGAGGACGUCCUGGACUCCUGCCAGUGCAAGCUGCCCUCCUCGGAGCCGCUGAGCAGGACCUUCGUCUACCGGAACGUGACUGACUGUAGCAGCAUCACCGGCACGUUCCAGAUGUUCUUAAUCAUCCAGAUGGUCCUCAACUUGGCCUGUGGUCUUGUGUGCUUGGUGGCCUGUUUUGUGAUGUGGAAACACAGGUACCAGGUGUUCUAUGUAGGCGUCAGGAUGUGUCCCCUGGCGGCAUCCGAAGGCCAUCAGAAGGUCUAGUAGUCUCACACGGCACUGGGAGAGAAAGCAUAGGCUGGCUAGCUGAGGUUGAAAGCAAAACAAAACAUUUUAAAGAAAAAAGACAAAACUUUCAACAGUAUUUGCUGUUCCCAGUGGAUAUUUUUAUAUUUGGGGGAGGACAGAAAAGAGCAUUUCUUCAUGUUUCUAUUACGUUUUUAAACAUCUGUAUGGGGACACAGGGUUCAACUUGGUCUGGGAAUACGAAAAGCUAAAAGAAGACCAAUCUGGGGGCGAAAAAGACAUACCUCUGUCCCGAUGGUCUGCAAUUAUU